UGUACCAUCAACAUCCAUAGGCUACUAUACCCUAACAUCAAUCCUAAUCAUCACCAUUUUAGCCCUUCUAUAACUUCAUUCGUUUAGCAAUGCAACAAUCAUCAAACUUGGGAUCUUUCAUCAGGAAUACCUACCUUCGUCAUGAUUCCAACUCGUUCAUUCAGGGUAUCAGCACCGAUGUUGCCAUAGUCGACCAGCUCUCCGCUCGUGCCGCUGGUGGUGGUGCUGAAAUGAUUGUCAACUCCGCCUACGCUUUGCUCCAAGGGUUGUAUCCUCCUACCGAACUGGGCGCGACUACUCUCGCUACUGGACAGAAGGUCAUGCCUCCUCUGGGUGGAUACCAGUACAUCCCAGGUAAGCUCAGUAAUUCGCCUGCGUCCCGUAGUUCUCAUGUUGCAUUACAGUUGUACAUGGUGGAUCCUAAGAUAAACCCCGUUUUCAAUAGCUGGGAGGAUUGCAAUUAUUUCCAAUUCCACCUGAAGCGCCUUUACGCCUCCGCUCUAGUGAAGAACAUGUCUACAACCGCUCAGCCCAAUAAUUUCACGAACAUGUGGAACAUUUAUGACUAUAUCCAUUUCCAAUACACACACAACAAGAGCUUCUACGAACAUUUCCCAGCCACCUACGUUCAGCAGGCUCGUCACUACGCCAACUGGCUGCAACAACGCGUCUUCACCGAUUCUGUCCAGAAUGGGAUUGGCGAGAUCGCCAUUCGUACCCUGCUUCCCAAUGUCUUCUGGCAUCUUGGGAACAUGACGGAAACUGCCAACAAAGUCAAGAUCGCGUUGCAUGUCGUUGAUUACAAGCCCUUCAUCAGUCUCUUUGACGUUACGAACGCAACGAAGACCGAUCCUGAUGUUGCUGGUAUCCCCGAACAUGCCUCUCUCAUUGCCUUGGAGCUCUCCAAAGAUACACAAGGGGAACACCAUGUCAGCAUGAAGUUCAAAAACGGAACCCAGAACAGCGAGUUCCGCCAGCUCAAGAUGUUUGGUAACGAUAGCAUCACCCUCAAAUCAUUCAUCAAGGAACUAGCUUGGACUACAAUCAACUCCACGAACAAUUGGUGUUUCUCGUGCAACCAGACCGUCCUUCGGGGAUGCUCCGUCUUUGAUUUCAGCAAGGAUCCUUUCCUACAUGGGUUGGGCAACAAGGGCUAUAGCCAAGCGGCCGCCAAGUCGUCAAAGGCUGAGAGGGAACUGUGAUUGUCGUUCGCCAAGGCUUCGUUCCAGCAAUAGAUGUAUUUUUUAAAACUUUUUCGACUGGAUUCAAAAUACACUAGCGUGUCGAAUUAUUUGCAGAGGUUGUAGGUAUGGAUGUCUCUAAAACUCAUCCGUUCGAACAACCCUUAUCCUUAUCAUCAGCAAUCAUGUUCUAUCGAACUUGCUAAGUUCUUGCCACACAGCUCGUGGCAGACUUGCAACGCGGCAGAGGUUGUAGAGAACAGCGCAGCCACACUGAUCAUUGCGACUGUAGUUCACUGUCACCGCGACAUGCCACCCACUCAUAAACAUACAAGGGCGAACUACCACGCCG